GUGGAUGGGCGGGAUUUGCGGCCAUUGCCAGUCGGAGCCUGUGAGUGGCUCGUCGCCGCCCAUUCAUUCACUGGUCUUUGUUGGCGAGAGCGGGUUGGCCGGCGGUGGCGCUUCGGCUGAGGUGGGGGAGCGGCAGCACCAGCAGCAGCGGCGAUGAGCGGCGGCGUGUACGGUGGAGAUGAGGUUGGCGCUCUUGUGUUUGACAUUGGAUCAUACACUGUUCGAGCUGGCUAUGCCGGGGAAGAUUGUCCAAAGGCAGACUUUCCAACGGCUAUUGGAAUGGUGCUGGAGCGGGAUGAUGGGAGCGCUCCGAUGGAAAUUGAAGGGGACAAGGGAAAGCCGAGCGGCACCACGUACUUUAUUGACACAAACUCCCUGCGGGUUCCCAGAGAAAACAUGGAAGUCAUCUCCCCUUUGAAAAAUGGAAUGAUUGAAGACUGGGAUAGUUUUCAGGCCAUUCUGGACCACACAUAUAAGAAUCACAUUAAAUCUGAAGCUGGCCUCCAUCCUGUUUUGAUGUCCGAGGCACCAUGGAAUACGCGGGCAAAGAGAGAGCGACUCACUGAACUGAUGUUUGAACAUUAUAACAUCCCAGCGUUUUUCCUGUGUAAGACAGCUGCCCUCACAGCAUUUGCAAAUGGCCGUUCUACAGGCUUAGUUUUAGAUAGUGGAGCCACGCAUACCACAGCUAUUCCGGUACAUGAUGGAUAUGUUCUUCAGCAAAGCAUUGUUAAGUCACCACUCGCAGGAGACUUCAUUUCCAUGCAGUGCAGAGAACUGUUUCAGGAACUGAAUGUGGAAAUAAUCCCACCAUACAUGAUAGCUGCAAAGGAGUCAGUGCGUGAAGGAUCUGCGCCCAAUUGGAAGAAGAAAGAGAAGCUGCCUCAGGUUACACGCUCCUGGCACAACUACAUGUGUAAUGAAGUGAUUCAGGAUUUCCAAGCUUCAGUGCUACAGGUGUCUGAUUCAUCAUAUGAUGAGCAAGUAGCUGCACAGAUGCCCAGUGUUCAUUAUGAAUUUCCCAAUGGCUACAACUGUGAUUAUGGAGCAGAGAGACUGAGAAUUCCAGAAGGCUUGUUUGAUCCAUCCAAUGUCAAGGGUUUAUCUGGUAACACCAUGCUGGGUGUCAGCCAUGUGGUGACCACGAGUGUUGGAAUGUGUGACAUCGAUAUUAGACCGGGAUUAUACGGCAGUGUGAUUGCGGCAGGUGGAAAUACGUUAAUACAGAGUUUUACCGACCGCUUGAAUAGAGAGCUCUCCCAGAAGACGCCACCUAGUAUGCGUUUGAAGUUAAUGGCAAACAACACCACAGUGGAACGCAGGUUUAGCUCGUGGAUUGGCGGCUCCAUUCUAGCCUCCUUGGGUACUUUCCAGCAGAUGUGGAUCUCUAAACAAGAAUAUGAAGAAGGAGGGAAGCAAUGUGUUGAACGGAAGUGUCCUUAAAACUUAACGCAAUUAGGUGUGCAGACAUUACCUUUGCCUGAUUUUGUUCUCCCAAGUAGGAUUCUCAGGAACACAGCGUUUAAACCUUCUGUACAAAUUUUUUCAGCCUUUGUAAAGUGGCUAGAUAUUAAUGUAUAUUUUAAGGUUUUUUUGUUUUUGUUUUUUUUUAAACCGUUCAAUUUAUAGACCAACCAGGUCCCCAGAAACAAAGAUGCUGAAUUUUAAACUGUUUCAACUUAUACUGUUUUUGAUACAAAUCAUGCUUUGUUCGAGUAGCACCAAAUAUUUCACUAUUUUUGUAACCCGGUUAGAUCUUGUGCCUUUUUAUUGAAUCUACUAUUGUUUACCUGAAGGUUAAACCAGAAAGAAAAGUGGAAUUAAUUGAACAAUAAUCCUUAAUUAUCUGUAAAUCUCAUUGCAACUGUAUGUUUUCUGAACAAAAUUUAAUGUAUAAUUUACAAUGCAGUUUUAAAACCAGCAAUAAACUGUCUGUGCCCCGCUUAUUUUCAUAUUUACAUGCUGUAAACUUAAUUCUAUGAGGCGGAAGCUUGAGAGAUUUUCUUCUUUUGCGCCGAUUCUUUCUUCUUUGCACGGUUCUUUAUGCGAAGGUAAUUCUCAAUACGACGCCUAAUAGAAAUAAAAUGUGGUCAGUU